AUGGGAUCUGGUGCUGUGAGAUCCAAUCAGGGUCAAGCGAGACCAUGUCAGCAUUAUGGGAAAAACCAUUUUGGGGUGCAUCGGAUAACUGCUGGGACUUGUUUUCGAUGCAGAGAUGCCGGACAUUUUAUCCAGGAUUGUCCGUUUAUUGUUAGUGAACCUGCACCAUCUGAGAGAGAACCAAUCACAAGGAGCCUGAAUGAGCUUGAUAGCACCGCUUUGCUCAAUCUUCUUAAUGAUAUUCCAUUAUGGGUAAAAUGCCCUGAUUUCGAGAGAGUAGAUUGGCUGAACAAGUUCAUCGCUGAUAUGUGGCCAUACCUUGAAAAGGCAAUUUGUUCUUCAGUAAGAAGCACCACAGAACCCAUGUUUGCAGAGUAUGUGGGGAUGUUUCAUAUAAAAUACAUUAAGUAUGAAAAGUUAACACUUGGAACACUUCCUCCUGAUAUUUAUGGUCUUAAAAUCAUCGAAACUAAUGAGAACGAACUAGUCCUUGAACCAGCAAUUAGAUGGGCUGGCAAUCCCAACAUAAUUUUGGCUGUGAAAUUGUUAUCUUUUCGAAUCACAAUUCAGAUUGUAGAUAUACAAGUACUAAUGUCACCAAGGAUAACAUUGAAACCUCUUGUACCAACCAUACCAUGUUUUGCAAAUGUUUCAAUAUCUCUACUGAAAAGGCCUGAGAUAGACUUUGGAAUGAAUGUUCUUGGAGGGGAUGUUAUGUCUGUACCCGGACUUUAUCAUCUUGUCCAGAGAACAAUUAAAAUGCAAGUCUCAAGCCUCUAUCUUUGGCCACAAUCAUUAGAGAUUCCUAUUCUUGAUCCUUCAACAGUGGCUAUAAACAAGCCGGUGGGAAUACUACACGUGAAGGUUGUUCGAGCACAUAAGCUCUUAAAGAUGGACUUCCUGGGAACAUCAGAUCCUUAUGUCAAAUUAAGGCUAACCGGAGAGAGUUUGCUUGCUAAGAAAACAACAAUCAAGAAGAGGAAUUUGAAUCCCGUUUGGAAUGAGAAGUUCAAGCUCAUCGUCAAGGACCCAUCUUCUCAAAUUCUUCAGCUCGAAGUCUUCGACUGGGACAAGGUGGGUGCACACGACAGAAUGGGAAUGCAGUUCGUCCCUUUGAAACUUCUUACACCCAAUGAGAACAAGGAAUUCAAACUUGAUUUGCUGAAGCACGCAUUCAGUGCCGAUCCCACUGAUAAGAAGCAACGAGGGAACAUUGUGAUCGAGCUCAUGUAUGCGCCGUUCAAAGAAGACAACAUCAAAGUAGAUAGUCCUCGAAGUGGGAGUAAGGAAAACAGUUUCGAGAGACUAACUGAAGCUGAUGUUUUAACUGGUUCGGGUUUGCUUUCUGUUACAGUUCAAGGAGCGGAGGAUGUCGAAGGUGUACGCCACAACAACCCCUAUGCUGUGGUCCGAUUCCGAGGAGAAAAAAAGAAGACCAAGUCCAUUUGUCAUGUUACCAAUUUAGCCCAUCUGCCACUAUCAAUCACUGUGAACUGCAACGUCAACAUAGUGAAACGCCACGUCAGCAUCGUAAACUGUCAUGUCAAUACCGUAACGGUCAACGACGAAAAAUAUUGA